AUGGAGAAGGUUGGGAUUUUCUGUGAGAGUUUCAGAGUUAAGAACAGAGAUGAGACCCCGCAGAGAGAUAAGGGGGCAAGUCCAUUGGAUCAUGCUUCCAGUCCCAGUGUAGCCAGCAUACAGCAACCUCGAGGGAGAAACAGUUUUGUCCACGAACACUUCCAGGCUCAGUACAGGUCUUCUCUGACGUGCCCCCAUUGCCUUAAGCAGAGCAACACCUUUGAUCCAUUUUUAUGCAUCUCUCUGCCUAUUCCUCUACGACAAACCAGGCCAAUGUGUGUGACGUUGGUGUUCAACACAAAGGGUCAGAGGCAUCUGCGAGUGGGGCUGGCUGUACCGCUGUUUGGCUCCCUGUCCACUCUGAGAGCUUUGGUAGCAGCGGAGGGCAACAUCUCUCCUGACCAGUUCUCCCUGCUUCCUCUGUUAUGGUCAGGGUAUCACCACAGCCUCCCUUCCUCCCCCUACGCCUUCACGGCUGGACCUGAUGGUCAGAGGUUACCUCCAUCUGGCACCCUCUCCUCUGAGUAUCUGAACCAGGGUAACUCCAAGGUCCUCCUCCUCAUCUGCAACACAGCAGGAUCUGGCACGCAAGCUGUCAGGUUUGGGCCUCCAUUUCUUAUACUUGAGGACAGGAGUAUCUCCUGGGACCAGCUGCAUCAGAGCAUCCUCAGUAAGCUCUAUUAUCUGAUGCUGAAUGGAUCUCAGGCUCAGAAUGCUGGAGCGUUGUUUAAGAUCAGAGUGGUGGGAGGAUCGGCAGCCUACAGCUACCUGUCCCCACAGGACAGCAGGCCACUGUACCACCCUGCUGUUGACAGAGCUCUGAAGUUCUGUGGCCCAGGUGGACCCCCCCAUGUGAAGCUUGUUAUCGAAUGGGAGCCAAGCACCAAAGAAUGUUUAUUUGGCAGCAUCCAGGAGGAAGUAGUGAAAGAUGCAGAGAGCGUGAGGAACCAGCAGCAGCAGCACCUUCAGCAGCAUAGCUGUACCUUGGAUGAGUGCUUUAAGCUGUACACCAAAGAAGAACAGCUUGCACCAGAUGAUGCCUGGAAGUGCCCCCACUGUAAGCAGCUUCAACAGGGUAUGGUGAAGAUGAGCCUGUGGACUCUGCCAGACAUACUGAUCCUCCAUCUCAAGCGCUUCCGUCAGGUAGGCCAGCUUCAAAGUGGUCUCAAGUGA